AUGUCGUGCAACCCUCAAUCUUCAUGCAAAGGUUGCUCCUGUGAUGGCGUCUCUCAGCCAAUUAAUAUUGAAGAUUGUGAGACAGAGCUCCUGGCUCUACGAAAGCGUACCCACGAUUUGGAGAAGAAGCUGGCAGGGUACAAGGAUGGCCUCGUGAUUCCACGCCAGGGUCGCAAGUUGCGGUCAGCACGUUGGUUUAACAGUGAGAGCAACCCAGGAAUGACAGCGUUGUAUAUCGAGAGAUACCUAAACUAUGGUAUGACGCGCGAGGAGCUCAUGUCGGGCAAACCGGUGAUUGGUAUUGCGCAGACAGGAUCCGAUAUUGCGCCUUGCAACCGACACCACUUGGAGCUCGUGAAGCGUGUCAGAGAAGGUAUUCGGAGUGCGGGAGGAAUUGCGUUUGAAUUUCCUUGUCAUCCAAUUCAGGAAAGCUCUCGCCGUCCUACAGCUUGCUUGGACCGCAACUUGAUGUACUUGGGGCUGGUUGAAAUCUUAUAUGCGUACCCCUUGGAUGGAGUUGUUCUUUUGACUGGAUGUGAUAAGACCACGCCGGCCGCAUUGAUGGCGGCAGCUACAGUGAAUAUACCUGCGAUCUGUCUCAAUGUCGGACCUAUGCUCAACGGUUAUCUGAAGAAUGAUGAGCUGGCAGGCUCAGGAAUGGUGGUGUGGAAAGGAAGAGAGAUGUAUGCUGCAGGUGAGAUCAACCGUGAGGAGUUUGUAGACUACAUUUCCCGAGGAGCACCAUCUGUGGGUCAUUGUAACACAAUGGGGACGGCCUCAACGAUGAAUGCACUCGCAGAAGCAUUGGGCAUGGCUCUUCCAGGCUCAGCAGCUAUUCCAGCGGCAUAUCGACAGCGCGGCCAAUGCGCUUAUGAGACCGGCGGACGUAUUGUGGAAAUGGUCCAUGCAGAUCGCAAACCAAGCGAUAUAAUGACUCGAGAGGCAUUCGAAAAUGUGAUUGUCACAAAUACGGCAAUUGGUGGCAGCACCAACGCCCCUAUCCACAUCAACGCUAUGGCUAAGCACAUUGGAGUUGAGCUGUCACUUGAUGACUGGGAUCAACUUGGAUUCCAUGUUCCACUGCUUCUGAAUAUGCAGCCUGCCGGCGAAUUCUUGGGCGAAGAGUACUAUCGGGCCGGUGGCCUCCCUGCUAUUAUGGCCGAGUUGCUCGAGGCAGGAAAAUUACGAACUGGAGCAUUGACCUGUAAUGGGGAGACGAUUGAAACCAACGUGCGUGGGAAGGGGUCUUGGAACAGGAAGAUCAUCAGACCUUACAAUGACCCACUUGUCCCCGACGCUGGAUUCCUUCAUAUGCAAGGUACCUUGUUUAACUCGGCUAUAAUGAAAACUUGUGUGAUAUCCCCGCAAUUCCGACAGAAAUUCCUCGAGAAUCCGAACGACUUGAAUGCCUUUGAGGGUUCUGUUGCUGUAUUUGAUGGCCCCGAGGAUUACCAUGACCGACUUGACAACCCCGAAACGCCAAUUGAUGACACCACCAUCCUUGUUAUGCGUGGUGCUGGCCCACUAGGAUACCCCGGUGCCGCCGAGGUGGUUAAUAUGCACCCACCAGCCCGUUUGCUGCGACAGGGGAUAAAUGCCCUCCCCUGUAUUGGCGAUGGCCGCCAAUCUGGUACAUCGGGCUCCCCAUCAAUUUUGAACGCAAGUCCUGAAGCGGCUGCGGGUGGCAACCUUGCAAUUUUACGCGAUGGAGAUCGUUUAAGGGUCGAUCUUAACAAGCGAAGCGUUGACAUUCUUAUUGAACCCGCAGAAAUUGAGCUUCGCCGCGCUGAAUUGAAAGCUAACGGUGGGUAUAACGGCCCAGAGAGUCAUACUCCGUGGCAGGAGAUCUUCCGUCGCGAAACUGAUCAAUUGAACGAGGGUAUGGUCCUCCGUGAUGCUGUCAAGUACCAGCGAGUGGCGCAGCGUUGGGAUGAGCCUAGACAUAACCAUUGA